CUGGUCACACUGCUGAAGCGACCGAAAAGAGAGAAAGAAAGUAAUUCCGAUAAUUGCAAUUAAUAUAAUUAAAACAAGGGAAAUAAUAAGCCAAAAAUGGAGGUGGAAAGCCCGGAACACACGCGAGACUUCGCCGAGGUGGACAUCAACAAUGGGGCGCCAUCGGGAUCGGAGGACGAGGAGGAGGAGGUGCCUGCGCCGGGAAGCGUUACUCUGGACCGGAACGAAAGUGAUCUAUUUGUGUCGGCAUUGAGUCCCAGCAGCAUGGGAGAUAUACACCCGCUGCAAGAGGUGCUCACCGACGACGGGGACUACUUCAUCAGCAUUGUCGUCUCGGAUCCCCAGAAAAUAGGCGAUGGCAUGGGCUCCUAUUUGGCCUACAAGGUGACCACCAAAACGAACAUUCCCAAAUUCAAGCGCAGCGAGUUCAGCACUCUGCGCCGCUUCAGCGAUUUCCUGGGUAUCCACGAUCUGCUGGUGGGCAAGUACAUGCGGCUGGGUCGCAUCAUUCCGCCGGCGCCCUCGAAGAACAUCAUCGGGAGCACCAAGGUGAAGAUUAGCCCGCAGCAGAGCGAGCCGGGCACACCGAUGAACCAAGAGUGGGUUGAGAUCCGCCGGGCGGCCCUGGAACGAUUUGUCCACCGCACCGCCCAGCAUCCGGUGCUGCGCGUCGACCUGGACUUCAUGAACUUCCUGGAGAGCGACCAGGAACUGCCGCGUUCCGUGAACACAUCCGCCCUCAGCGGGGCCGGUGUGAUCCGGCUGUUCAACAAAGUUGGCGAGACGGUGAAUAAGAUCACCUACAAAAUGGACGAGAACGAUCCGUGGUUCGACGACAAGAUCACCGAGGUGGAGAGCCUGGAUGCCAACCUGCAGAAGCUGCACAACGCCAUGAAGUCGCUGGUUACAUCGCGACGGGAGCUGUCGCUGCUCACAGGUCUAGUGGCUAAGUCGGCGGCAAUGCUGAGCACCUGCGAGGAGCACACUGGACUCUCCCGGGCACUGUCCAACUUGGCGGAUGUGGAGGAGAAGAUCGAGCUGCUACGCUCCGAGCAGGCCAACUCGGACUUCUUCAUUCUGGCGGAGUUCAUCAAGGACUAUUUGGGCCUGUUCGGGGCCAUCAAGUGCAUUUUCCACGAGCGCGUCAAGGCCUUUCAGAACUGGCAGUACGCCCAAAUGCAGUUGUCCAAGCGACGGGAGAACCGCGGGCGCUUUGAGCUGGCCAACAGGGCGGAUAAGCUAGACCAGGCUCAACAGGAAGUGGACGAGUGGCAGGGCAAGGUGCAGCGCUGCCAGCAGCAGUUCGACGACAUUUCGGCGGAAAUUAAACGUGAAAUGGAGCGCUUCGAAUUGACCAGAGUUAAAGACUUUAAAGUAAACAUUAUCAAGUAUAUAGAAGACCAAAUGGCGCAUCAGCAACAGAUCGUCAGCUAUUGGGAGGCCUUUGCUCCGUUUGCCCGCGAAAUCGUUUAACUUUUAUUCCGAUUCCCGAAGCAUUUCCAGAAACUUUUUGAAUAAUCAACAGCUAUGCGCUCUAUGAACUUAUUAAGCGGGACCAAAUUCGUUCUUGAUCCAUCGAUUUGGAGCUACAAUUUCGCCUUCAGCACUUAUCUUGCAAUUCGCCGCCGAAGCUCGUAUUUUUAUGAAACUGCUUUCGAUUCCUCUCAAGCAUUGAAAAGUUAAACUUUAUCGUUGCAUUCACAAAGCCUAUUAUCUCUUUAUUCGUAUACAAUAAUUAUUAUCAAGGCUUUUAAACAUUCACAGAAAGCUGAAAGUUUGUUGCAGACUCCCAGUUUUGCGUACUCUCAUUCUAAGUAUGCAUUUGGUAUUAUCUAAAACACGGCAAUGUGAAUCUAGUAGUUAAAUGAAAGUGAAGAAGACAUUGGCCAUUUCCAAAUUGAAGUUUAUACCAUUAAGAUUGGGAAAUGGUUUUCCCUGUUUAUUGUUGGUAUAUUUAUGUAUUUAUAUAUAUAUUCCUAUUAAAACCUUUUGUAUCAUGACAAAGAGAGCAUUUCAACAAAUAAAUUUGUAAAUAUGUAUAGAUGUAAAAA